AUGAGCGACUACAAGCAGAUGUACCAGCAGGGGCUCUACCUUUCCCCGGGCCAGCAGGACCUCCUGCUAGCCGCUCUUUCCUCCAACACUCCCGCCCAUAAUUCGCAAAGCCAACCUAACCACACCCCCCACAUCAAACCCGAUCACAGCCCGGACCAUACGUCGUCCAAUGGAAUGAGUGGCCCACCCUCUGGGGGAUUCGACAACGACAACUCUCAAUUACACGCUUUCGGCUUCGGGGAAGAUGAAAGCCCAUUCCUGGACUUUAAUCCCGAGGUCGACUUCGAAUUCCCUGGAUCGGACGAUUUGAUUGGUGACCUGCCCGGUAGUGGUCCGUCGACCGAGUAUGACAUCGGUGAGAAGCGAAAGUCGAUGGACGGCAAGUCGGAGGUGGAUGGGGAAGAGACGGGCAAGAAACGGCGGGAGAGCGAGGCCAAGAAGCCCGGCCGGAAGCCUCUGACAUCGGAACCCACCACGAAACGCAAGGCCCAAAACCGGGCCGCCCAGCGUGCAUUCCGUGAGCGAAAGGAGAAGCAUUUGAAAGACUUGGAAACCAAGGUGGACGAACUGCAAAAGUCGUCCGACACGGCCAACCAAGAAAAUGGCCUGCUUCGGGCCCAGGUAGAGCGGCUACAGGUGGAACUCCGUGAAUACCGUAAGCGUCUCUCCUGGAUGACGAGCGGUAGCGGUAUUUCGGCGAUGAGUGCCAUCCCGAGUGCCCACACUCGGGGAGCGUACGGCCUGCAGAACAAUGAGUUCCUAUUUGACUUUCCCAAAUUUGGUGAUCUUCCGGGCUCGCAUCUCUUCAACGGCCAGUCAAACAAGAAUGAUCAAUCCAAGAAUAAGGACAACCGUGCACCAGGUGUGCUGAGCCGCGAUGGCUUGCACAACUUGCCCAACGGUGCUCCGAGCAUGUCCCAUACCGACACUCCCAUCGGAGCUGGCAGCGCAAAGUCCAACUAUGCCGGUUCGCACGGUACCCCUGGCAGUACCACUUCCGUUAAGUCCCCUUACAACAACGUCAAGCAGUCUGCUGCAUCAAAUCAUGACACUUCCACCUCGGACUCUCCGUCAUCUUCGUCUGAUUCUCACCAGAGUCAGAUGCUCUCGUCGAAUGGUACUUCGCCUGAGCCAAGCUUGAACUCUCCGCCCGAGGCGAAGCCCCAUCAUGACUCGGCAAAUACUUGCGAGAUUCACGGCUCCGUCAAUGGUGAGGAAUCUUUCUGUGCGAAACUUGGCAUGGCCUGCGGCAACAUCAAUAACCCCAUUCCAGCUGCUCGAGACAAAUCCAAGUCCCACAGUGUCUCGAGCGACCAACCAGCGCCCUCUGUGGAGGAUCCGGCUGGGCUCGAUUGGCUGGCUCAACAAAAUGGCGGUCAGUUCGAUCCCGUGCUUUUCGGAGACUGGCGCGAGCCGCAGGACGCUGUGCUAUCCCAGGAUUUUGGCUCCUUCUUCAACGAUGCUUUCCCCCUACCCGACCUGGGUAGUCCAUCUCACAACAUCACCGAAGCGGUGACCCACCCAAUGCCCAAGAAGGACCUGAUUGCUCAAAUCGACAGCAGACUGGAGGAAGAACUUGUCCCAGGCGAGGACAAUUCACAGAUGUUGUCGUGCACCAAGAUCUGGGAUCGUCUCCAAUCCAUGGAGAAAUUCCGCAACGGCGAGAUCGACGUCGACAACCUUUGCUCCGAGUUGCGCACCAAGGCCCGGUGCUCUGAGGGUGGCGUGGUCGUGAACCAGCGUGAUGUCGACGAUAUUAUGGGGCGCGCCAAGUAA